AACUUGACAACAAAAAAAUAAUGGCAGCAAAAGAAACUGCAAUUGAAUUUCGCACUAAAAGAAUUUCUCUCACCAAUGUUAGACCAGAAGUUCUUAAUGAAAUCUAUAAAUUUUCUUUUCACCUUCAAAGACUUGUUGCAGAAGAAGUGCAUGCCGUUGCAAAAAGACUAGAAGAAGGAAAGUGCUUACCAAACCUUGUAAGGGCAUGUCAAAUUCUUUUAGAACUUGACAACAAAAAAAUAAUGGCAGCAAAAGAAACUGCAAUUGAAUUUCACACUAAAAAAAUUUCUCUCACCAAUAUUAGACUAGAAGUUCUUAAUGAAAUCCAUAAAUUUCCUUUUCUCCUUCAAAGACUUGUUUUAGAAGAAGUGCAUGCCAUUGCAAAAAGACUAGAAGAAGGAAAGUGCUUACCAAACCUUGUAAGUACAGAAUGCUUAUGCAGAUUCUUUAAUCAGUAUAUGUUACUGCGUUGCCAUAUUUUCCAUGAACAACUUUGUGGUACCAAUAUUUUAACACCAGAAGCUUGGGAAAACUUUCAAAGAACAUUUGAAGAGGGUGGCUUGGAGGUAUAUCAAACACGUGGUAUUGUGGAAAUACCUGUUGUUCAGACACCUGCAGCUGAUAAAGCAGCCAAAAAAAGUCAAUCAAAAAUGAAUGAAUUAUUUGAAAGAACCAGAGACUACUACUAUAGAUUGGCAGAAAAAAGCAUAGACAAGGCAUCACGAUUUGUUGGAAAUUUGGAAAAAAUAUUAGAACCGCCGCAAGCUGCUCGUCUGCUGCAGGAUUUAGCCGGAACUUUGCUUCUUGGGUCGUUUGCUGCGAAUACCUUUUUUCUGAUCAGAGUCUGUUCUCACAGAGAACUUCAAGCUAGUAAAUACGGAAUUUCAAAUAU